CUUCAGUUUUCUUGUCGAGUGUACUACUACUUGGAGAUGCUGAAACUAGAUUUAUAUAUGGUUGAAAUUCCAAUUAAGUCGAAUUUUUGAAACUUCUUCAGUUCAGUGUGUGUUUUGACUCCCUUGGUGUAAACGUGUCUCUCUUGUGCCAGUGAUUAUUUCUGCUUAUUUGAAUAAUUUUUUGCUUUUUAAAAUUCAUUUUCAAUGUGUAGGCCUAUUCUAAGAUCCCCGCUAUAGGCUAGCACCUUCUUCAAGCUCUAAAUCUAAUUAAGGCUGUACAGUACGUUGACAUAAGCGACCCCGACAACCACCCGAUGAUUAAGGCUGCAGAAGAAUCGACUGUCACUUGUCCUACGAACAUAGAUCCCAACGCUUACUGGAUGAAAAGAUUUCUGGAACUGAUCAAGGAUCGUAUGCCCCACCAAGCCGUGACCUGGGACGACCUUUUGCCCAAUCUGCGACAUCUGGUUGACCUCGAAACCAAAGGGUAUUUGGCUGCCAUUGCCAAAGGAGACUACAAGGCGGACGCCAUUCAGUGGCCGAACGAGGCGCUGAAGCCUUGGAUCAUCCCCACGUUCAUGCCCGUGAUCACCCCUCCGGACCCUGAACCAGUUAUAGUGCUCGAGCAGGUGUACAACGGAGAAACGAUGUUCAAGGAGAUCGUCGGGAACCAGGUACGAAAGAAGCGAGACCUGAACGGAGGAGAGGUGGAUGAAGUAGAGGCCCUCCCACAGAGGGCGUUCCGCGUCCACCCGAACCACUUCAACGACGAUUUGCCUUACCUCGGGGACAAGCCUGAUUACGACAUCCACGAACCCGAAUUUGACGAGGAUGGCCAGGUCAUCGGGAGGAAAAAGAGGAAUACUCCACCAAACAUGGUAGUCUGGCCUCCACCAGGGACACUCUUCACCGUCAAGCGUCUGUGCGUCAAGGCCAGCGACAACGGCACGAUCGAAUUUCCUUAGGAGAAGCCACCUUCACGCCAUUCCAAACAGUGCAUCGGCAUUUCUUACACCACAGAGGAUGGGAAACUGGAAGUCAUAGACAGUUAAAAACCGAAUUCGAGGAUCUUCAAAUAUUUCAGAAGGAUUUAAUGACUAUGACUUGCUCUUAUAGGCAAAAAUAAAAAAAUUUGAAAGACAUUCUUAAAAAAAAUUUAGUUUACUAGAGGCGAGUUGUUUAGGACAAUCAGGUGAAUCGCUCUGUUUGUAUAGUAUUUUUGCAGGAAGCCUGCCAAAGCAAGGUUUGAGGUUUGCAAAGUUGAACAUUUUCAAGUUACCAUUUUAAAUGAGUCUAGUACAACAUAAAUCGAGAAUCAGUGUUGGCCCUUGUCAAUGGAGACCAGUCAAAGCAAAUUGGUUAACUUCUUUCAUGGAAAAGCACUUUCCGUUAUGCCAUCACUACGAAUCAAGAGGAAUGUCUAUCAGACGAAUCUAAUUCAUGCCAAAACUUCAUCUGAAUUAGUGCUAAAGAGCUUUAAAUUACAAUAGAAACAUUUAUUAACUAUGUAACCUAACUAAAUUAUCAUGAGACCUACCGACAGUAUGGACACAUUAAACGCUCACCAAAAACAUCUUUGUCCUUUAUUUUUUAUUUGAAAAGUAUUGUCAUUUUAACAUUAUGAAAAUAUUUACAGGAAUUGGAACGUCAUCAAAAGCUACAAUGAGCUACAUUUAAAUUCGGUGCUGGUAUUAAUGAAAUUUAAUUAUAUAUACAUGUAUGAGACUGGAUUGAUCAUGUAAUAAAAAGAAAAAGAUUUA